AUGGAUCUUGACAGACUGGCCAAAUUGCAGACCGAAGGGGUUAAUCCCCGGACGACCGAUAUCGAUCGUAUAUCGACAUUGGAGAUGUGCACUGCAAUAAAUAAUGAUGAUCAUCUGGUAGCAGCAAGCGUUACGCCAUGUCUGCCAGUAAUUGCGGAUGCGAUCGAUGCUCUGGCGUUCCGCGUUCGCCAAGGCGGCAGGGUGGUGUAUGUCGGAGCAGGAACAAGUGGAAGGCUCGGCAUCUUAGACGCAUCGGAAAUCCCGCCCACCUUCGCCGCUCCAAGAUCCCAAUUCGUCGGUUUGAUCGCUGGUGGUGAUGAUGCUAUUCGACAGGCUCAAGAGGGCGCCGAAGACAACAAGCAAGCCGGUGAGGAGGACCUCAAGUAUUUGAAUCUUGACCCAGAGCUGGACUGCUUGAUCGGAAUUGCCAGUUCAGGUCGCACUCCGUAUGUACUGGCAUGUCUUGGCUUUGCCAAACAGCUAGGCUGUCUCACAAUCGGCGUUGUAUGCGCCUCUCCAUCAGCAAUUGGUGAUUCUGGAAAUGUGGACUACCUGAUUGCGCCUGUACCGGGUCCAGAAGUAGUGACUGGAAGUACUCGACUCAAGGCUGGGACUAGACUGCGGCAACAUCCUCAAUAUCCACGGACAUCCGCAUAUCCUCUCCGCAAAUUGCGGAUAUGGUAUGUCACGUAA